AUGGCUUCAAGUUUAAAAGACAAGGUGGCAAUUGUGACCGGGUCCAGUUCAGGGAUCGGAGAAGCUAUUGCUCUAGCUUUCGCAACUCGUGGAGCUAACGUUACUUUAUGUGGACGCGAUCCCGAAAGGCUUAAAUCGGUGCUUGAUACAGUUGUAGAAGUCAGCGGUGGUCACACGGAUAGGUUUCUUACUAUGAAAGGAGAUCUAACAGAUUCUGGAGUUCGGAAAGACAUUAUUGAGAAGACCAUUGAAAAGUUUGGACGUGUUGACACUCUUGUCGCUAAUGCAGGGCAGGCUGGAAUGCAAGGCUCAAUACAUAAUGCUACAGAAGAAAGUUACGACGCUGUGAUGAAUACCAACGUGAAAUCUGUGUUUUUCCUCAUUCAGCAAGCUAUUCCUCAUCUGGAAAAGUCCAAAGGAAAUAUUGUCGUCAUUUCCUCAAAUGUAACUUCAAUGAUGAUGCCUUUUGGAGCAGUGUAUUCCAUAUCUAAAGCAGCGCUGGAUCAUCUAACUCGCUGUCUGGCAGUAGACCUCGGACAGAAGGGUAUUCGUGUCAAUGGCGUGAAUCCAGGCUACAUCCCCACAAGGCUUUCCAGGGCAUUAGGUGAAAACAAGGCUAUAAUUGACAAAAUAGGAGAGCUGGAUGCAAGUAAGACGCCUCUGAAAGGAAGAUCCCUGACUGUCGAAGAUAUAGCCAAGGCGGUCGUGUUUCUCUCCUCUGAUGAUGCUGGUUUUAUCACAGGUGAAAACAUCAAAGUCGAUGGAGGGAGAACCUUCUCUGGUGCUGUUGAUAAUCUACCCAAUCAUUAG